CAUUGUGUUCACCCCCACAGCUCAUCCAGUGGCCUGGGCACCUGAGGCAGGUCCUGACCCUACUGUGUUGGAUUAUAAAGCAAGGAAAGGCCAGAUACACAGAAGCAAAUGCACAGAUCGGAGAUGACUCCCACGGGGGCAGGCCUGAAGGCCACCAUCUUCUGCAUCUUGACCUGGGUCAGCCUGACGGCUGGGGACCGCGUAUACAUCCACCCCUUCCAUCUCCUUUACCACAACAAGAGCACCUGCGCCCAGCUGGAGAACCCCAGUGUGGAGACACUCCCAGAGUCAACGUUCGAGCCUGUGCCCAUUCAGGCCAAGACCUCCCCUGUGAAUGAGAAGACCCUGCAUGAUCAGCUCGUGCUGGCCGCCGAGAAGCUAGAGGAUGAGGACCGGAAGCGGGCUGCCCAGGUCGCAAUGAUCGCCAACUUCGUGGGCUUCCGCAUGUACAAGAUGCUGAAUGAGGCAGGAAGUGGGGCCAGUGGGGCCAUCCUCUCACCACCAGCUCUCUUUGGCACCCUGGUCUCUUUCUACCUUGGAUCCUUAGAUCCCACGGCCAGCCAGCUGCAGACGCUGCUGGAUGUCCCUGUGAAGGAGGGAGACUGCACCUCCCGACUAGAUGGACACAAGGUCCUCGCUGCCCUGCGGGCCAUUCAGGGCUUGCUGGUCACCCAGGGUGGGAGCAGCAGCCAGACACCCCUGCUACAGUCCAUUGUGGUGGGGCUCUUCACUGCUCCAGGCUUUCGUCUAAAGCACUCAUUUGUUCAGAGCCUGGCUCUCUUUACCCCUGCCCUCUUCCCACGCUCUCUGGAUUUAUCCACUGACCCAGUUCUUGCCACUGAGAAAAUCAACAGGUUCAUAAAGGCUGUGACAGGGUGGAAGAUGAACUUGCCACUGGAGGGGGUCAGUACAGACAGCACCCUACUUUUCAACACCUACGUUCACUUCCAAGGAACGAUGAGAGGUUUCUCUCAGCUGCCUGGAGUCCAUGAAUUCUGGGUGGACAACAGCAUCUCGGUGUCUGUGCCCAUGAUCUCCGGCACUGGCAACUUCCAGCACUGGAGUGACACCCAGAACAACUUCUCCGUGACGUGCGUGCCCCUAGGUGAGAGAGCCACCCUGCUGCUCAUCCAGCCCCACUGCACCUCAGAUCUCGACAGGGUGGAGGCCCUCAUCUUCCGGAACGACCUCCUGACUUGGAUAGAGAACCCGCCUCCUCGGGCCAUCCGCCUGACUCUGCCCCAGCUGGAAAUCCGAGGAUCCUACAAUCUGCAGGACCUGCUGGCUGAGGACAAGCUGCCCACCCUUUUGGGUGCGGAGGCAAAUCUGAACAACAUUGGUGACACCAACCCCCGAGUGGGAGAGGUUCUCAAUAGCAUCCUCCUCGAACUCAAAGCAGGAGAGGAGGAACAGCCGACCACGUCUGUCCAGCAGCCUGGCUCACCGGAGGCACUGGAUGUGACCCUGAGCAGCCCCUUCCUGUUCGCCAUCUACGAGCAGGACUCAGGCACGCUGCACUUUCUGGGCAGAGUGAAUAACCCCCAGAGUGUGGUGUGAGGCCUUGUGCCUAGCCAUGGAGACAAGGCCGGUGUCGGAGAACCGUUCUGGGCAAAACUCAGUGCUGUCACCCCUGGCUCCCCAUCACGCCUUGUAGCGCGGCAGAGGCCGUCUCCUUGGAGACUGCGCUGACCGAGAAUAAAUGAUGAGCAGCAGAGCCUCCUGGGAUGUGGGUUUGUUUGGAUACUGGGGUGACAGCCAGAAGCUGGCACUCUGCACAGGACUGCCACUCUGGAAGAAAUUUGGACCAAAAAACUGUUUGUGACACCAAAAAGCACCCCCCCUUUUUUUUAUUUGAGGACAGAAAUUGGGUUUUAACAUUAAAAUGCACAUUAUCCCCUUA